GCUUGAAGGAGGCUGCGGCUAUGACUAUAUCCUGGUUUAUGAUGGCCCCGAAUACAAUUCUUCUCUCAUUGCUCGGGUGUGUGAUGGAUUCAAUGGAUCUUUCACCUCAACCUGGAACUUAAUGUCUGUAGUCUUCAUCUCGGAUGGCAGUGUGACCAGGACAGGGUUCCAGGCUGACUACUACUCUAUUUUUGUCCCCAAUUACACAACUCCUCCAACGUCAUUCCCGACCAUAGCUGGAAAUGAUUCUUCACUGGUGCUGAGGCUGGCAAAUGGAACAAAUCAGUGUGAGGGCCGAGUGGAGAUCUUGUACAGAGGUUCCUGGGGCACUGUGUGUGAUGACAGCUGGGACAUCAAUGAUGCCAAUGUGGUCUGCAGACAGCUCGGUUGUGGCUCUGCUCUGUCUGCCCCGGGAAAUGCUUGGUUCGGUCAGGGCUCAGGGCUCAUCGUCCUUGAUGAUGUGUCUUGCUCGGGAUAUGAAUCUCACCUGUGGAACUGUCGUCACUCUGGCUGGCUUUUCCAUAACUGUCGCCAUAUUGAGGAUGCAGGAGUCAUCUGCUCAC